AUGAGUGGAUUUUCUAAAACUCUUAAUGUAAUAUUUUUUAUCCUCUUCAUAAUUGUUGAAUUUAUUAAUCCAACAUUUUAUGAUAAAUUUUGGAAACCUUUCAUAGUAAGCGGAAUACUUAUAUUUUGUAUAAUAUCUAGUGCUUCAGCUGAAUUUAUUGAAACAUGGAUGAAUAUGAAUGUUGAUGAGCAACGUCAAGUGAUUAAUGAGAAACAAUUGAAUGCUAUUCGACCAGUUGUUAUUCUUGAAACAAUUCAGCCUGAAAGUGUUUUGAAAACAUUAGUACGUCAAAUGGAACCAAUGAUAUCGAUUUUCGUUCAACAUCGAACAUAA